UACAGAAUCAAGAAACACCAGAACAUUUUCCAGCCAGUUGCUUCUCAAGCAAAUUCGAUUUUGAAUAAUUCUUGACAUUUUGUUGUAAUUUUCACAUAUUAUUCUAUUUGGUUUCCUGGUGUCUGGAAAAUAUCAUUGGCACAAAAAAUUUGCAACAAGCCGGAAUUGUUGCCAUCGCUGCUUACCUCCGACGCGUAUUGUUGCAAUGGCGCGAUUCGAAGACCUGCCAGUGGAGAUUGUCCGGGAGAUUAUAUUAUGGGUUCCCUACUAUCAAUCCUACUCUCGGAAGAAUGGCUUUGGAUCUCUGCGCUCUGUUUCGAAGACUUUCCAGCAUGUGAUUGAGCCCAUAUACUAUUCUACAUUCACAUGCUCAUCAUAUCGACUUGUACCAGGGUUUGUGACACUCUUGCGCACGUUCUGGGAACGACCAGAGCUAGGUCAUCAUGUGAAACGACUUCACAUCCUAGAAAUGAAACCUGAACUUGUUUUUGAAGAGGACAUAUCUCAACAACAGGAUGAGGAACCUUACAAAUCAUCAUAUCUCAAAGAGGCUGAUACCAUGUUCACUGACAUGGUGAAAUCGCUGAAUCUACCCGAUAAUGAGAAACAAUGGAUAGAGAUCUUGAUGGAAGGAUGUCGGGAGGAUUCGAAAGGCGCCCUCUAUAGGAAAGACGACUUCAUAAAAGUGUUCGAUGCGUUGCUCGCGCUAUUGCUUACGAGGAUGCCAAAAUUGGAAAGCAUCACACUCGAACUCUACAGAAUGUGGGGGUACAGAUGGAGCAGAUUCGAGCAAGCCGCACUCACACAAAUGAUAUUAUCCGAAUCCCGCAACAAAUCUUCACAGUCCAGCAUUCCUCGCUUCGAGGAUUUGAAAGCGCUCCAGGUGAUAGCGCUAGAAGACAGGGAAAAAUCAAUGAGCAAAAUCUGCCCAUUACUUGCAACUCCAAAUAUAGAAGUUCUGACCCUAGAAGGAGCGAGCGACUACUUCGACGGGAAUUGGUGGGAGAAACUUCAUGACGGAGGCUAUCCUUUCCUUAGCGCCCUCAUGUUAGAUUUCUGCGACUUGAAAAUCGAAGGAGUCAAAGGCCUCAUAGGCCUUUGUCCACGUCUUCAGCAUUUCGUUUACGAGGUCGAUGAAACACCCUUCGAUGAGGUGGGCUCGGAGAUAUGCAUCAAAGCCAGUGAAAUCAGGGAGAGCCUAGAAUCGAGAGAGAAGAUGAUAAAGACAUUGAGAAUCUCGUAUAGUAGUCUCCUUGAUGAAUAUGGCGAGGACUAUGAGGAGGAGAACGAUUCCGGCGUCAUUGAGGACCUGACAAUUGGCUCGCUCAGACACUGGUCAAAGCUAGAGACUCUCCACAUUGAGCAGCCGUGUCUCGUCCGAUUCGAUAAUGCCUGAAGCGACACCGAAAGUGAGAGUGAAAAUGAAAGCGAAAUCGAAGGCGAUAGUGACGACGAUGCCAAGUGGGAUGACACUCCGAUACCGAGAGCAACUCUUCAGGGUCUUUUGCCGCCAUCUUUAAAGACGCUGUCACUUGCUCGUUGUGAUGGGCGUCUUGUUCCAUUAUUGACAGAUCUCGCUAUCCACAGGGAUGAAAAGCUACCGAACCUCACCAUGUGUGAGGUGACAGGAAGUGACACAGAUGGAUUUGACUCCAAAUAUCUUAACGAGAUAUGCCCUGGACUCAAAU